AUGGAAAGUUCCUAUGAGCUUCAAGACGAAGAUGAAGAUCGUCAACGAGUUAAUAACAUAGCGUUCAAGCAAUUGAAUAGAAGUUGAAAAACUUUACUCUCUCCAUGAAUUUUUCUCUCAUUCAGUUCAUUCGGCAUUAUCUGAAAAGCUUUACGAGGAAACUUGCUCUCUAGCUCUUGGCGUCUACGAUUUUGGAGGAACCUCUGCUGUUUCAUCUCAGAUGUGGGAAAAACUUUACGAGGUUUUUUUUUAGAGAAAACUUAUUUUUAUUCUGGAAAAUUCAGAUAUUUGUCGAAUAUGAAGCCCAUACAAGAAGGAUGCUACCGGAUGUGAGGAUUUCUGCCAAAACUCAGCGAUAUGCGAAUGAAGCCGUUCAAAUAAUGAGCAUUAUGGCUUGUUUCACAUCUCUCAGCCAGAACGAGCACUUCAUCGAAACUCAGGUUUUUUGAAAGUUCUUGUGCAUUUGAAAAUGGAUAUUCUGCAGAAAACGUCGCUUCUAAGCAGAAUGAUUGUUGAAGAUGUCGAAUUCCGCCGUAUUUAUGCUCUUCUUCUUUGGGGAGAGAAAAUGAUCAGUGAGCAGCAAAUUGAACUUGGCUUGAAUGAGAAAGUCGUCGAGCUUGGCCGUAUUCGUUCAACCAGGUAAGGGAACACUGAACAAUUGUCUCAGCGGAAACUUCGAUAUAUUUUAUUGACUUUGUUUAGAAUGGAUUCCCUCAUGACAUUUCGAGCCGGAUACAGAAGCGCUGAUCAUACAAUGAGGCCAUCUAUGAAUUUGGAUGACCGAGGAACAGCCGAAGAUGAAAAAACUGAGAGAAACGCUUUGGAAAUAAUCUUUCAACUCACAAGAUGCGGCGAAAUAGCCAAGGUAACUGAAGUCUUUUAAAUUUUCGCUGUAAACUCUGAUAUACCUACAGUGAAAUAAAGGAGUAUUACAGAAAUGGUAAAAUUCGCUCUCAAUUUUUAAUAAAACUCGAAAAAUAGCGUACUCUGUACAAAUUUUCUCACACAGGCGAAUCGAGAAGGUACCAUAAUGUGUCCAUCGUGAGACCUCCGGCAUACCUUCUAGCUAUAUCUGAGCCAUCUCGGAGGUACUUUAGAGUUUCCCUCGAGUACAUAUAACUCAUUUUGCUCAAAAUCCUCAGGUUUAUUUGAGGUUCCAUGGUGAGACUUCAGAGCCUGCGAUAUAACUCAGAGGGUCUCGCGAUAUUCUUUCUCGAUUCGCCUAUGCAUUUUAUUACUUCGGGCGAAAUUCUUUUUUCAAGUUACUUUCUUUUCAUUCGAACCCCAAAACUUCUAGAAGAAGAUUACUAAAACUAAAAAAAACUUAUCAAGGUGUUCUUUUUUCAGGCUGCCGAAGUGGCGUUGAGCGUUGGCCUGGGACCUCAGGCGGCUCAACUGCGCAUUUAUCAAUCGAUGCGCACUCCAGAAGAAAUGCCUCUUGAGCCCAAUGACCAAAACAAGGCUUUUUUCAAGAGGAUACGUCGUGCGAAGUAUUUGGAAGUCUUGGACACCUUGCUGCAGGUUCCUCUCUAGCCUUUCUGUCUUUUAGCCCAGCUCUAUCUCAGAAGAACGUGGACGCCUCGAACCCGCAGAUCGCCUUGCUCGGUGCCCUCCGUGGCUCAUUGAAGCCGAUGCUUUCAGUGGCCAAAACAAUGGCUGAGAAGGUCUGGGCGUACGCCAAUGCUGCCGUUAUGGCCAGGUUUCUCAAGUUUUCUUCUUUUGAGAAAAUCGAUCUUUUCAGUCUCAUUCGUGCUGAAUCAGCCAUGUCGGCCGAUAGUUUCAGCCGCUUGUUCAACGUGCCGACGACUUCAAAAGCUAUUUUCGAAGAGCUUUCGAUAGUUGAGGCUUGUUUUUAGACCAUAAUCAUAGUUUCAUUCAGGAAAAUGAAAAGAAGGGAGAGGUUCUGGUUUUAAUGCGUCUGGCUGACACCCUGUUGAACGAUGAGUUUGAUGAAUUUUUUGCAUUUGCUGAGAAGGAAACUAGUCGUUAUGUCCCAUUCGAAAUCAACUGCAAGGUGGGUUCAGGUAUUGAUGAAAAGCUGGAUUUUCAGUUUUACAGGUCAAUCCGAUCCUGUUGGACCUUCUGUUCCAUCUUGUCGCUGUUCAAUAUCUCACAGGCCAAGAUAAAAACGUUUGUUAUAAUUCCCUGACACGGCAAAAACAUUUUCCAAUUUAAGGAUAUGGGGAAUAGUGUUGUUCUACGCCAAUUCGCCGACCUCAGAACCCGUCACGGCACGUUUUAUCAUCGCGAAAUGGCAGCUUUUUAUUCGCGAUUUCUGCUCGACGAUCAGAAGGACGAAGAGAUUCUAGAGACAAUGAAGAGUUCGUUGGAUUCUAAUGAUAAGGCGUUGAUGGGAGCUGUUCAGAUGUCGAGAGCGUGGAGGAACGGAUCAUCUUCAUGAAAUCUUUGCGAUCUGCGGAGCUCGACUUUGGUCGCUAUGCUUGCACUGUGAUCAAAGGUGUUCGCGACGGAGAUGAGGUAUUUCAUUGAAGUCUUGAGUGAUUUCCAAACAUCGGUGUUGAGGCUGGCGUCGUCAGUUUGGACGAACAAAUCGACCAAUGGCAAUGGCUUCUUGUGGGCGGAGAUGAAACGGCGCUGGCGGCUCUGGAGGAAGGGAAUCGGCUGCUCCGCAAAUGUCUUCUCUCAGGUACGCCUCAUCGUCUAGAGCAAGCCGACUCCUUUUCCGACAUAGUUUGCGUUAUCUUUUAUUAAUAUAUAUAUCUUUCGAAAGUAGAUUGAACAUUAUGGCUUGAAAACUUCUUGCUCACCACCUACUCGAUUACAUCUAAGACUCAAAAAACAAUAAAGCAUAGAUUUAUAGAAAAAAAAACGCAUAUAACUGGUUAAAAAUUCCAUUGAUCACGAAAGCCAUUACUGUUUUUCAAUGAUUCCCCUAGUUCAAUUAGUGUCUAUGUUUGUUCCAAAAUUCUGGAAGGUGCUUCCUAAGUUAUUCAGUUUUGAUUGGUUCACUGAAAGAGUGCUCUCAGAACCGAUAGAAGAAACGCGAACGAGGAGAAUAGUGCGUGAGGUGAUGCGGUUCAACGUUCUGGACACCCUUUCCAAGCUGCUCCUCGAUGCUUCCAGCGACGUCGAAGUGCUCUCGCUCCUCGACAACCUCCACGACGGCUCUGUGUCUGCUCCGUCGACGUCAUCGCACGUCACUGUUGAGCGCAUCGAGCACGCCUCCAACGAGUUUGUCGCUGUCUGCACCUUCUUGGUUUCCUUUUCAUUCGUGACAUGACGUCAGUGUUCUUCAGGAUUUGUUCAACUUCUGCGUAACGAUCGCACUCAAGCUCAAAAUUUUACUCCUGCACGAGCCUCUUUCUGAAGAAGAACUCCAGAGUCUUGCGAAGGAAAGUCCCGACGUCGACUGGGAAGCGACACUCAAAGUUCGUCUUUUUCAUUGAUUGAUUAAUUUAUUAUCCGCUCAAUAACUACUAUCGCUGUUUUAUAAGAUUUUUAUCAUUGUAGGGCUCGAAUGUUGAGAAAUCAGUAAAUCUCUAAAAUUUCGAUAAGAACCAAUGAAUAGAGCAGAAAUUCGUCUGAAAGAAUUAACUUCGAAAAAAAUUACCUCACGGAAUUUGUUUGAAAAAAAGCUUUUAAGCUGAAUAUUGAACUGUAUAUCGAACUUUUUAAGCUGCGAGCGCGUGCCGAAGCUUUGUUGCGAGAGGAUGCGGCCGCCCAGAAGGAGGUCGACGUCCGACGGAGAAACAUGAACGUCGUGCAGAAUAUUCAGGUUGUUCCAGUCAAUUUCUAGUUCUAGUUUCCAUCUUUCCAUGUCUUAUAUGGUCUUCUUCUUUCGAAUAAAGUUAAAUAUUUUAUCGACUUCAAGUGGAUUAUUUUCAGCAUUCUCAGCCACUCAUUCGUUCUCUUCUGAGUAAUGUCGGCUGGCGCGUCGAAUUUUUCCUCGCCCCUGGUGGAGGCGCCGACUAUCACAAGGUGCCCGAAAAAGUUCGCUCCUCGCAAAUUCUUAUUUUAGAAGCACCGCAACGAGAUGAUAGCCAUUCGCAACAAAUUCAUUCCCAAAAUCAUUGAAAUUAUCGCUCGAGCCUCGAAAGAAGUCAACGAGUUCCCUGCAUUCAUCGAAUUCUUCGACAGUAUUUCUCAGGAGGAUCUCGCUCUUUCGCGAAAUCAGGUCUGCUAAGCCACUCGCAAAGUAUCUCAAUUGCUUUUUUUUUAGUUGAAACUUUUACAUUCGCUGAUGGCCGAUUUGAGUUCUAGUGAUCACGGAGCUCCGUCAGCAGAAAAUGAGCAAUAA